GUCAUUUUUUACAGGCAAAACAAGGGUUUCCGUUCUUCUGUGUUCGCGUUUUCCCCAACAGAAACUCAAACCCUAAAAUUGAUGAACUAGAUUCAAAAAGUUGAAAUUGAGAAUGGUUCUAUCGAAUAAGAAGCUUAAACAGAAGCUUAGAGCUGAAUUAACCCUAAACCAAAUCAACACCGAAUCGAAUCCCUCAUCUUCAUCUUCCAACUCUUUCAAACUUCUUCUAAACUCUUCCACCAACAAACCCAUUUUGUCUAAGAGAGAGAAACUCCGAAAGGUUCGACCUUUGCAACAAACCCAAACCAAUGAGGAUGAAGGAACCAAAAAUGAUAAGGAAAUUGGGAUUGAGGGUUUGGGAAAGAAGAACAGUAAGAAGAGGAAGAUAAAGGCAGUGAAACAGAAUGAUGAUGCUGAUGAUGUGGGUAAUGAGGUUGUUGUUAAGAAGGGGAAAAUUAAGGUAGAGAAACAGACUGAUGAUGUUGGUGAUGAGGUUGUUGUUAAGAAGGGGAAAGUAAAGGUAGAGAAACAGAAUGGUGAUGUUGGUGAUGAGGUUGUUGUUAAGGUGACGAAACAAUCGGUGAAAAAGGAGAAGCAAAAGAAGAAGAAUCUGCUGAAGAAGAAGAGAAAGAAAGCUAAAGCUGCAGAGGAAAAUGGUAAGGUCAAAACUGCUGAGGAAAAUGGUGUGGUCACAGCUGCUGAGGGAAGUGGUUCUAAUCAUCAAGAGGAAAUAUCAGAGCUUACUACAGAUUUGGCUAAUACCAAUAUCACUACCCGUCAAGAAAGUGGUGAUGCUGCUACAAAAGUUUAUGUUGGAGGAAUUCCCUACUAUUCAAGUGAGGAUGACAUUCAUAGUUAUUUUGAAAGCUGUGGCACCAUCACUGAAAUUAAUUGCAUGACUUUUCCUGACACUGGAAAGUUCAGAGGGAUUGCAAUAAUCGUUUUUAAGACUGAAGCAGCGGCCAAACGAGCAUUGGCUCUUGAUGGAUCUGACAUGGGAGGACUCUUUCUUAAAAUCCAACCGUAUAAAGCAGCUCAAACAACCCGAUUUACUCCAGAACUGAAAGAGGGAUAUAAUAGAAUUUACGUUGGAAGUUUAUCGUGGGAAAUAACAGAGGAAGAACUGAGGAAAUUCUUCUCAAAUUGCAAUAUAAAGUCCAUACGAUUAGGGAAGGACAAGGAAACAGGAGAAUUCCGAGGGUAUGCUCAUGUGGAUUUCAGUGAUAGUAAGUCACUCAAGACAGCACUUGCAUUGGAUCAAAGCGUUUUGUUUGGAAGGCCUGUCCGGAUAAGUUGUGCAGUUCCUUUGAAUAAAAAACCAGGUGCAGGUGAAAAAUCAGUCGCAGGCUCGAAACCAAGUGCAGUUGAAAAAUCAGUUGCAGGUUCUAAACCAAGUGCGGGUGAAAAAUCAGUUGCAGGUUCUAAGCCAAGUGCUGGUGAAAAAUCAUUUGCAAGUUCUAAACCAGGUGCGGUUGAAAAAUCAUUUGCAGGUUCUAAACCAAGUGCAGGAGAAAAGUCAGUUGCAGGCCAAAAACCAGACGCAGGUGAAACGGUUGCGGUUGAGGAACCAACUGUUGAGAAACCAAUUACCGUCGUUGCAAGUGGCAAGAGGAAGAAUAGGAUGUGUUACGGGUGUCGUCAAAAAGGACAUAACCUCUCAGAAUGUCCAAACCCGCAAAUAUUUACUUCUACAAUCUAAAGUAUGUAGGAAAGCUCAAUGCCAUUCAUUGGUAAUUUUGUAUCGUUUCGUCAUGAAGACAGUUUGAUUCUAGUUUUAUUGAUUUGUUCACAAAUGGUUAGGCAAUUUUGAUGUGAACUAAUACUAAACCUACCAAGCUUUCUUUUUGUUGUACCAUAACUUGGUAGUAUUCUUCAAGGCUUAUCGUGUGGAUUAUUUACUCGUUUUUGUUCA